AUGUUAGAAAUUAGAAAUAUCUUAUUAAUCGGAAAUGCGGGUAAAGGAAAGUCUACCCUAGCAAAUGUUAUUUCCGGAACUAAUGAAUUUGAGGAAAAUACACAUCGUAUUCGAGGUACUAGCGAAGCAAAGUCCAUAGAGUUUGAUCACAGAGGGUUAAGAUACCGUGUCAUUGAUACCGUAGGAAUUGGAGAUUCUAUCAGGCCAACAGGAGAUAUAAUAAGUAAAUUGGGAGACAAAGCUGAUGUGGUUAGUGAAGGUUUAAAUCAAAUAUUAUUUGUAACUAAUGGUCGCUUUACCAAGGAGGAAGUUGAAGCUUUUAAUUUACUAAGCAAAGCUAUAUUUGAUGAUCAAGUAACUUAUUACACUACUAUUGUCUGCACUAGUUUUUCUAGAUUUGAAGAUGAGGCUGCAUGUGAAGAGGAUCUUCGAACGUUUCGAGAGGAAAUCUCAAAACUUUCGAAAUCGCUUGCUUCGUCUGCGACUAUUUACGUGGAUAAUCCUCCAUUGCAAGGUCGUUAUAAGACAAUAGCAAAAGGUUCACGAGAUGCAUCUCGCAGGAUCUUGUUAGAGCACUUGAAAACCUGUCAACAAGUCUACAAUCCCGAAAUGCUUUCUAAAUUUAGUAAAAUGAUCGAUGAAUUUAACUCAAUUGUCCAAGAAACGAUCGAGGCAAUGAACGUUAUUGAUUAUCAGUUUAAUAACAACGCAAACCAUGUAGGAGAAUUCAUCUUUGAACGGGAAAAUAUAGUCGAAAUGAUUGAAAAGCGUAGAGAAUUAGUAAAAGAACAAAUGAAAGACCGAUUUACAGCUAGUACUUUAAGUCAUGCUGCUAUAUUAAGUGGUAAAGCUUUGGCGAUCUCGGGAAUAUGGUUCCCACCUGCUUUGGUGCCAGGUGCUGUUAUAUCGCUUAGUGGUUGGCUGAGUGCCGCUGGUACUGAAUCUGUUGCAAUAAUUAAGGAAAAUGAAGUGUACAAAUUCUUCGAAGAAAGCCUUGUGAGAGACAAAGAAAAACGUGAAUUAUUAGAACUCUCACAAAUAGAGUUAAAAGAAUCCAUUUGCAAAUUAAACGAAAUCCGUCCUCGCUUCAAGAGUUCAGAAUACAAAAAACAGAACUUGGACAAAAAAAGAAUUGACAUAAUUAAGUCUGUGCUGAGUAGUUUUCUGGGAGAAGAAGUUGAAACUGAUUUAUCUGAAUUGAAAUUAGACGAUAACGAAAAAACUGGACAUAACACUGGUUUGAAAGCAGUGAGAGCUGCACUGGAAGCUAUUUGUAAGCUUGUGCCGUCUCCUUUAUCGUUUUAUUGUAUUUAUCGGGAUCGAAAGGAAAUUGAAAACCGUACUUCUUUGGAUGAUAUGGAUAAGAUAAUUAAAAGUUGGAGAGAAGAAUUAACAGUUUUAAAAGAAAGAGAACUAUUACUAAACGAAGAAUAUAAGAAAGUUAGGUGGUGUAAAGAGGAAUUAUCAAAAUUAUCAUCAGAUGUUGAUUAA